AUGCGCCAGUAUCUGCAGCAUCUACUCCUCGGUGAUCAAAUUAUCCAAGAGGAUAAUUUAGCAAUAUGUCAACACUUGUUCGCUAAAGAUUACGAUGGUACAUCAGCUGAAAUUAUGAAGGGCGGUUUCUUAGCCCUACAUGAUGGUGCGAAAUUUUCAUGUCGCGAACAGCAAUUCGUUGAGCUGGUACCAGAAACAGGUGGAGCAUCACUUCGCAUUCCUCGUCACACAAUUGAUCAAUUUCCAUCACUCACCAUUGUUCGAGUAUUAUGGUUAUCCAAUUCGAAGAUUUUUAAAAGUAGACAUACCUCAGAUGGGAGAUGGACCGUUAUGAGUGAAGUUUAUGGUGUUGCGAUCAAACAUAUUCCUCUCAGGUCAUCAAAAUCAGACAGCAUUCCUGAGGAGAUGACAGGGAUCGGAAAAAAUGCUGAUUUUUAUGGAUUUCUAAUCAGUUAUCAGAUAAAUAAGACAGUAGAUCAGAUUCAACUUGGUGUAUGGGAUGAUGACGAGGGAUGGAAACUAACCAAAGAGACAAAUUGUUUAUUGCGGAGAGUGGGACCAAACAAUAUUCUUUUUACUUGCUCUCGAAUGUUUUUUACCAAGAAUGUAGACGAAGACAUCAAAUAUUUUGCAGCCAUGCAGAAUACGUCUUAUGAAGAAUUGUAA